AAGCUUGCGCAAGCCCCUCCGUGCCAGCCGUGCCACACACACUGAACGCACCGUGCCUCCGUUCUCAGAAGCCCGUGUGGGAGGGACCCUCUCGGGACCUGCCUGUCACAAUGGCCACGGGAAGAGCCCUGCUCAGCUCUCUGCUGCUCCUGUCACUGCAGCUGGGCCUGGGCGAGGGCCCUGGGGCUCGCGGGACUACAGUGGCAGCGGAGGGAGAGAUUCUGUCUGAGGCUGCAGCAGACAGAGGGACCUGGAGGCCACAGCUGGGUGCCCGCCUGCGCAGAGCCCUGGUCAGCCCGUGCCAGCUGUGGAGCCUGUCUCUGCCAGUGGUGGAGCUGGGCCUGGGCUACACUUCGGAGGAGACGGUCAUCUUCCACUACUGUGCCGGCAGUUGUCCCCGUGGUGCCCGCACCCAGCAUGGCCUGACGCUGGCCCGGCUGUGGGGCCAGGGCCGAGCCCAUGGCGGGCCCUGCUGCCGGCCCACCCGCUACGCUGACGUGGCCUUCCUCGACGACCGCCACCACUGGCAGCGGCUGCCCCAGCUCUCGGCAGCUGCCUGUGGCUGCGGCUAAGGCUGAGGCCGCCCAGCCUGGGCCCUGCAGCCGCUAGAGAGGUCUGUGGACUUAUUUAUUGACGACUUGGGAUGCUGAGAUGAGAAGGGGAGGUGGGCUGGGGCUGCCAGCAAGGAACAUAAUAAAGGCAACUGCUCCUGCAGCCUCGUGACUGUGU